UGUCGCGAGUUGGCGCCGCUGCCACCCCCCGCUCCGAGCUCUCGGCCCCUCGGCCGGGCGGUACCGAGUCCUCCCGGCGUCCCCUACUCUCCUCCCUCCGGCCAGCCCUUCCCUGCGGGACUGCCACCCCCACCUUCACUCCAGCCCUUUUCUCUCCCCACCGAGCCGCGGCGGCAGCAGCAGCAGGAGGAGGAGCCGGAGCCGGGAGGCGGCGGUGGCCGGGGAGCCCAUGGCGUACAGUCAGGGAGGCAGCAAGAAGAAAGUCUGCUACUACUAUGAUGGUGAUAUUGGAAAUUAUUAUUAUGGACAGGGUCAUCCCAUGAAACCUCAUAGAAUCCACAUGACCCAUAACUUGCUGCUAAAUUAUGGCUUAUAUAGAAAAAUGGAAAUAUAUAGGCCCCAUAAAGCCACUGCUGAAGAAAUGACAAAAUACCACAGUGAUGAGUACAUCAAAUUUCUACGUUCAAUAAGACCAGAUAACAUGUCUGAGUAUAGUAAGCAGAUGCAGAGAUUUAAUGUUGGAGAGGAUUGUCCAGUAUUUGAUGGACUCUUUGAGUUUUGUCAGCUCUCAACUGGUGGUUCAGUUGCCGGGGCCGUGAAGUUAAAUCGACAACAAACUGAUAUGGCCGUUAACUGGGCUGGAGGGUUACACCAUGCUAAGAACUCAGAAGCAUCGGGAUUCUGUUACGUUAAUGAUAUUGUACUUGCCAUCCUUGAAUUACUAAAGUAUCAUCAGAGAGUCUUAUAUAUUGAUAUUGAUAUCCAUCAUGGUGAUGGUGUUGAAGAAGCUUUUUAUACGACAGAUCGUGUAAUGACUGUAUCAUUCCAUAAAUAUGGGGAAUACUUUCCCAGAACAGGAGACUUAAGGGAUAUUGGUGCAGGAAAAGGCAAAUACUAUGCUGUUAAUUUUCCAAUGAGAGACGGUAUAGAUGAUGAGUCCUAUGGGCAGAUAUUUAAUCCUAUUAUCUCAAAGGUGAUGGAGAUGUACCAGCCCAGUGCUGUGGUGCUACAGUGUGAUGCAGACUCACUCUCCGGUGACAGGCUUGGUUGCUUCGAUCUGACAGUCAAAGGUCAUGCUAAAUGUGUAGAAGUUGUGAAAACUUUUAAUUUACCAUUACUGAUGCUUGGGGGAGGUGGAUACACAAUUCGUAAUGUUGCUCGGUGUUGGACUUACGAGACUGCAGUUGCCCUCGAUUGUGAGAUUCCCAACGAAUUGCCAUAUAAUGAUUACUUUGAGUAUUUUGGCCUGGACUUCAAACUGCAUAUUAGUCCUUCAAACAUGACAAACCAGAACACUCCAGAAUAUAUGGAAAAGAUAAAACAGCGUUUAUUUGAAAAUUUACGCAUGUUACCUCAUGCACCUGGCGUCCAGAUGCAAGCUAUUCCAGAAGAUGCUGUUCAUGAAGACAGUGGAGAUGAAGAUGGAGAAGACCCAGACAAGAGAAUUUCUAUUAGAGCAUCAGACAAACGAAUAGCUUGUGAUGAAGAAUUCUCAGAUUUUGAGGAUGAAGGAGAAGGAGGACGUAGAAAUGUGGCUGAUCAUAAGAAAGGAGCAAAGAAAGCUAGAAUUGAAGAAGACAAGAAAGAAACAGAGGACAAAAAAGCAGAUGUUAAGGAAGAAGAUAAAUCUAAGGACAAUAGUGGUGAAAAAACAGAUACCAAAGGAGCCAAAUCAGAACAGCUCAGCAACCCUUGAAUUUGAGUGUCUCACCAAUUUCAGAUACCAUAAAAGAGAAAAUAUUGGGAAGAAAAAUUUUUUCUUUUGGAAGACUUCUGGCUUCAUUUUAUACUACUUUGGCAUGGACUGUAUUUAUUUUCAAAAUGGCUUUUUUGUUUUUGUUUUUGUUUUUCUUGGCAAGUUUUAUUGUGAGUUUUCUAAUUAUGAAGCAAAAUUUCUUUUCUCCACCAUGCUUUAUGUGAUAGUAUUUAAAAUUGAUGUGUUAUUAUGUCAAAAACUGAUCUAUUAAAGAAGUAAUUGGCCUUUCUGAGCUGAUUUUUUCCAUCUUUUGUAAUUAUCUUUAUUAAAAAAUUGUACUUGAAAAAAAAA